AUGGCACUGAGCUUCUCCAACGAUCCGUCUGCUGUAUUGGAGAAUGAACGGACAUAUCAUGGCUACAAAGAUGGUAAAUACUGGCUUCCUAAUGACGCAACAGAACAAGAUCGAUUAGAUCUGCAACACGUCGCCUGGAGUUGUUAUAUGAGCGGCUCACUUGCCUGGGCGCCCUUGGAAGAACCUAGACAUGUAUUAGACAUUGGGACUGGGACGGGAAUAUGGGCUAUUGAGUUCGCAGAGAAGCACCCCGGUGCCCAGGUCAUCGGGACAGACCUUAGUCUCAUUCAGCCUCAGAAUAGGCAUCUACCAAACGUGGAGUGGAUACAGGAAGACGCAGAAGACGAAUGGGCGUACUUUCCUUCCCCGUUCGACUACAUACACCUCAGAAUGAUGGUCACCAGCUUUCAGAAUCCGAAAAUCGUCAUGCGGAGAGCCUUCAACCAUCUACAGCCUGGAGGAUGGAUCGAGUAUCAAGACUGGAGCGCUGAUAUCUACUGCCAAGACACCAGCACCCUGGGUACCUCCAUUCACCGUUGGAUUUCCAUGCUUAAAGAUGGCGCUAAACGACUAGGUCGGGAUCUGGAGGUUCCAUCAUCAUAUAAAGAAUGGCUUCAAGAGGUUGGUUUUGUUGAUAUCAAAGAGACUAUCAUUCGUGCUCCGUCCAACCCUUGGCAUGAAGAUGCAGACUUGCGAGACGUCGGCCAGUGGACGUUGGCGAAUUCAGUUCAGGUCGUUGAAGGUCUAUCCUUAAGGAUCCUUGGCAAUGGACUCGGAAUGUCAGUACCGGAAAUAUUGCAAUUGUCAGCCCAGGUGAAAAAAGAUUUAAGUGACAGACGACAUCGAUUUUGGUGGACUUUCCGGGUUGUCUGUGGGAGGAAACCAUUUUGA